UCUGUGUUCAUCUGAUAGGAACACUCUUUGGGAUGUUGCAUACUGUGGAAGACAGCAGUGCCCUGGACCUGUUCAUAGAAGUUCUGGUGCGGCUUGUAGUGGAGCUGAAGUCAGAACAGUACUUUCACUGCAUUUUGGAUGAAAGCCAGAAAGAGCUAUGCAAAGCAACUACCAUGAGAGGCAGCCUGCCCACGUUCACUCUCUUGGGCAAGCUGGCAGAUGCCAUCCCAGGCUUUGCUGAUAUACUGGUGGUAGAGCACAGUAAUUUAGUGGAUCAUCUGCUGAUGGGUUUGGCAUACCCAAAUGAGGGCAUAAAGGCUGCUGUCUGCUACUUGUAUGGCAAGCUGUACUCCUCCCCUGUUGGCACAGAACGGCUCUCAGCACACUUUGAAGAAAGGCUGCGUGGUAUCUUCUUGAAUACCUUGGGGUGUGCACAGACAAAGGAGCUGCAGAUCAAUUGUUUGGGUUUGCUAAAGGAGCUGCUGAAAUCUGACCAUUUUGUAUCCAUUCUUAUGAAUAAUUCAAAGCCAGAAGAGGAGUCUGAGAACCAUGACCUUUUAGAAGGGGAAAAUCCAUUGCCACUUGUUCUCAAAAAGCUUUUGUUGACCAGAGAUGAGAUGUUACAGGCAGCAAGUUCUCACUGUAUGGCUGCAGUGCUGGUUCACUCUCCCAGCAGAUAUGCUCCUGCUUUUAUCCAUGCUGAUGUCCCAGAAUUCCUGUUUGAGUGUCUCUUGUGCAACAGUGAAAUUCUCAUCUGGUCAGUGUAUUGCUGCCUGCUCCUCCUCACUGAAGAGCGCCUUUUCUUCUCAAAGUGUCACACAGUCUAUGGCAUUGAAUCUCUGAUGAGGAGUCUUCAAGAUGUCCUGCAGCUGAACAAUGCGGAGUUGCACAAACAAGGGCUCCUGCUCUUCACUGAAAUCCUGAAGCGGCAACCAGUGGAAAUCAAACUAUUCACAAACCGAGGUGUAUGUAAAGAAGCCAUUGAUGUUUUGAUGGAGACAGUGAACUGCCCAAUGCUGGAGGUGGCACUGGAGGCUGUGAGAGCUGUGACAGCUUUCCUGAGGAAGGACCAUCUGAGCUCCCCACCAGUCCCAUAUGAAGAGCUGCAGAAGCUGCUGGAGGCAGUAUUGAAGCGAUGUGAUGACCUUUGCUCACCCCAGAGUAGCAAGAGACAUGCAGGUGAUCUCCUGUUUUCAGCAUCUCAGAGUCACCCAGCAAACAGAAAUCUCAGCAGAGUUUCUCAGAGACAGGGCCAGUUCUUGCUCAACACCCUGCAAAGUUUCAGAAAUGCUUGCAGGUUAGCAGUGGAAUUUCAGAGUGACUUCAUGGCCCAGGAGAAUGCUUUCACUGCCCCUAACUCUGAGAGAAAGGACACGCUAAGCAACUUCUCUGAGUUCCUGUUGAGGAUUUGUGACAGUCUGUGCAUCCCCAUGGUCAUGAACUACCUGGAAAGGGCUGUCAGCCCAUCAGUGAUGGAGGUUUUCAUCUCAGCACUUAAUACCCUCUUUACAGUGGUGCCAAACAUGCAGAAUAAGUUCUCCAAAAAGCUGGCAUCUUCAUCCUUCAUCCGACUGACACUGGAACUGAAGGCCAGAUUUUGCUCUGUACAAAGUAAUCCUGCCUUAAAUCAGGCGUGUUCCAGCUUCCUCUGCAGCUUGUGCUUGAGCCUUUACUCUGCCACAGAGAAAGAGAAAACUUCUUCUCAGGAAGAGCAAGACAUUUAUGAGCUGCUGCAGAAGGGUCUGCCUCAAUUAAACUAUACCACUGCUGAAAGCCUUCUCCUCCUGGCUGAAACCCCUGAGCCUUUCUCUUUGGAUCAGGCUCUUUGCAGCCACCAACACUGCUUUAUACUACUCUUAUACUUUGCCUACACCCUUGAGGACAGGUUUGUCCCAGAAGCAGAAUUAUUUUUAGCCAUAAGAAAUUUCCUCCUAUCAGCACAGGACCAUGGAGACUGCCCCCCUCUAUACAUACUCAGAGCUGCACUUUACCUCCUUGCUGUCUGUCAGGACAAAAGCCAACCACUGGACUUGAGGUCGUUGUGUACCAUAAGGAGGAUCUUGGAUAAUAUUCCAGAUCUAAGCUUGGUCUACGUCCAUUGUCCUCUCUUGCUGAAAUUCUUCCUGCGCUACCCUGAACUUAUGGGGAGAUUUGGACACCAAGUCCUCCAACUCUGGUUUUCCUGGGGAGACUGCAAGCAAACUGGGAUUGAAGAAGAUGGCUUUGGCAUGUCUGAUCAGCUGAACAGUGUUAACCCAUUACUUCCCAUUCUAAAGAGCAAUUCCAGCAUUUUACUUAUUUUACUGGACCUGGUCUGCUCAAGCUCUGUGGAGGUGGCUUGGAAGGUGUUGAUGACUCUAAAGAUCUUCCUGGAAAGCUAUGACCAUGUACUUGUCUGUGACCUCCUCCGGAGUAGGUUCCUACAGAUUCUGCAGCAGGUGUUGGUAGAGAGCAGCUCAGUGUCCUUACAAGCUAACAGGAACCUGCCUGUUUUGCUGAGCCUCCUUUUCCUGGUGCAGCUGCGAAGCAAGGGUGUAAGGGAGCUGGACAGCACAGACUUCAAGCUGCUUCACCAGGUCAGUAAUCUCUGUGGGAAAUGCAGGCCAAGGGACACUGACCUCCUGCAGCCAUCCUUGAACUUUCUGUACUGGAGCCUUCAUCAGACAACACCUGGUAGUCAACAGAGAGCAGUGGCUGUGCUGCUCUCCAACGUGCCCUUGCUCGAUCUGCUGCAGAAAGUUUUGGAAUGCACCUGGUUGCGGUCCCCUCUCUCUGAACCUGCUGCUUACCUCUCACCUGAGGAUGCCUUGCUGUGCUCUGGGUGGCUGCUGCUUGCAUCCCUCCUACUUUCUCAGCAUCGCUACAAUACUGAGGUUCACCAGACACUCUCUAUAGACCUAACAAAAGUCCUGAAUGAAGUAAUCUUCAGGAAUAAGAAGCCAAUCCUGCUGUUAGUGAGCAUCAUGCAGUUCCUGAGAGCUGUUCUGCGACAGAACUUCUCCUCCCUGCUGGUGAUCAUUGGUCAAAGCACAGCCCAGGCUACUACACAACCACAGCCACCAUCACUGCAGGAUGCUGCCUUGCACCCCCUCAUCCCACAGCAGAUCUUCUUGCUUGUUGCCAGUCUGCAGAACCUUCUGGUACAUGUCCAGCUGAAGAAAGACUUGCUGCUCUCUCAAGCCGUGGUUGCCUGCCUGGAAACUCUAGUGGAAUACCUGUAUGAGAAGAACCAGGACGUUGCUCUACAUGUGGCUUCCCAGCCCUGGCAUCGAUUCCUGCUUUUCACACUACUCGACGGGGGCCAGAAGUCCUUUCUGCAGCCAGAAGUGCUCAGGCUGAUGACGUUGUUUCUGAGAUAUAAAAGCAGCAAUAUUAUUUCUCAAAAAGAAAUUAGCCAGAUUCUCGAGGAGGCAGCAGAAGCCAACUUGGCAGAGUUGCCUGAGGCCACAUCUAGUGCUCUUCGCCUCUUCCUUUGUCAGGCUGCAGCGGCCGACAUGGAUCUUCUCUUCCUUUGCCCUGUCCUGCUGGUGCUCCUGCUGUCCCGGGGCAGCUUCACUGACCUGGAGAAACAGAGGCUGGACUCUGGCUUGGAGAUCUAUAAGAAGCUGUUUGAGGUGAAGCGCAAGGACCAGAUGAACGCACUAAAGAAUCUGAUCGAGCUCAACGACAUCAACCAGCAGUACAAAAUCAUUGACAUCAUGCUCAAGGGGCUCUUCAAAGUGCUAGAGGACUCCCGGGCUGUGCUCAUCGCUGCCGACGUGCCUCCCGAUGGACCAUUCCCUCAGGAUGAGAAGAUAAAGGAUGCAUACUCCCACGUGGUGGAGAACACGGCCUUCUUUGGAGACGUCGUCCUGCGCUUCCCCAAGAUUGUGCACCAUUACUUUGACCGCAAUUCCAACUGGAACAGCCUCAUCCGCUGGGGCAUUGGCUUCUGCAACCUGACAGGCGUGUUUGAGCAGGGACCCCACUCCCAGGUCCUGGGGCUGAUGGCUCAGGAGCUGGGAAUCAGUGAGAAAUCACCCGAUUACCGCAAUCCCUUUAAAGUGGACCACUCUGAGUUUUUCCCCAGCACCGACACCUUCCAGAAAGCACUGCGGGAGGAGGAGAAGCGGAGGAAGAAGGAGGAGAAGCGGAAGGAGAUCCGCAAGGGCCCGCGCAUCUCCCGCUCGCAGUCGGAGCUGUAGCUCCCUCUCAGCAGCCUCGUCCCAGUGCCCGGUGAUCACUUUCCGUUUGUGCCGUGGGGUUUUGUUUUAUUGCCUUUCUCUUUGGUUCAGCCGGGGCAGGGUGGCAGUGCUGGCGGGUUGCCCUGGUGGGACUGAUGUGGAGUUCCCCUUCCCCAGAGCCAAAGCACAAUUGGGAAGGCAGUGGGGCCAUCCCCAUGGCAUGUGGGGAAGUAGAGUGAGGGGGAGCCAGGGGUUCCCCCCCUUUCCACAGCACGGCCCGCAGUGAACGUGCCUCCUCCGUCAUGGUGGGUUGGGAGCGUGUCACACCAAACAGCCUCAUGAGCAAUGCUCAUGGGGUGGUUCUUUUUUCGGUUAGACUGGUGAUCUCAUUGGCACCCCCACCCGGUUAUACCUGGUCUCUGCCCAGUUGCUACCUCUGCCGGAGCUGCUCUCCCCUCUUCCCAGCGCCUGUUUCACCAAGCAACGUGUUUCAUCCGUCAGCUGUCGUUGGAAAGGCUGACGGCAUCAAUUCCUGGCCCAGCCACAUCCUGCUCUCCUGGGCGGGCAUUCCCAGAAGGGAGGCAAGCAUGCGGUGAAUCUUUGGAAAUGAGGAAUUUCAGUUCUUUGCCUUCUUCGCCGCUGAUGGGUAUGCAUAGUGCAAGUACUGCUGAUGGUGACUGUGCUGGAGAGCCAGCCCUGAGCCCUGUGAGCCCAUCCUCCCACCUGUAGUGUCUGGGCUGCAGGGGAAUCAGAGGCAAUGGCCUGGCCUUGGGACUGCACAACAGCCCUGUGCUCUCCCGUGGUUGCUGAUGAACUGGCAGCAGACGAGGCUCUUGCAGAGGAACUGUCCUCGAAAAGCAGUUGCUCUGUGCCUGGCUGGGGCACCACGGCCUUUGGGAAGGGGGGAACAUCCUGAAUGUUUAAGCGCGGAGCCAGGUCUGUCUGGCCGGGGGUUGGCAACGGGUGCGUGUUUUGUUUUAAUGGAAUAAACUUGACUUUAUUUUUUUUGUAUUAAGUAAAAGAAGAUUGGCUCUUGCUCCUGUUCCUGGUGAGAGCCGGAGUGUGCCUAAGGGCGGCGGGUCCCUGAGGAACUGCUGAGGGAAGGAGAUGCCAGCGGGGCGGGACAAUCCCCAUCCUCUAAGCACCAUCACCACCGCCUUCCACCUCGCCUUUAUCCCCAAGCCCGGGAAUGCGAUCCAUGUCCCGGCGGGUGUCCCGCAGGCAGAGGAGAGACCGCAACUCCGGGCCCGCUCCACGAGUGCCCGCAGCGUGUCACUUCCCGCCUUUGCCCAUGCCCCCCUCAUGAAUAUUCUAAU